ACGUGUUCGGCGGUGGGACGCACUAUUCCCGUUCUGUUCCUCUUCAAUUUUUCCGUGGCGAUGUUCUCUCGAGUGUCGGUGUUCCUGCCUCUUCGUCCCCUCUCCCGCCUCCCUUUGUCCUCUGGAAGCUCGGAGGUAUCGGCGGCUGCGAUUGUGCUACCCGCUGCUCCGCACGGAACCGUCAGGACAAAAAAUAUUCAAAGAUAUUUUGGCACUAACAGCGUGGUCUAUAGCAAGAAAGAUGAGCAGUCUGUUCCAGCUGGUGAGAGUUCCAGGGAAACUUCAGAGAGCCAAGAUGGUGUAAAGGAGAAUACGAAAAAAGACUUGUUAGAUAUUAUUAAGGACAUGAAGGUUGAAUUAAGCACAGUAAAUGUACAAACAACAAAGCCACCCAACAGAAGACCACUUAAAAGUUUGGAGGCUACAAUUGGUAGGCUUCGAAGAGCUACAGAAGAUACCCCAAUGAAGAGAAAUGAGCCCCUGAGUCCUGAGUUGGUGGCAGCUGCAUCUGCUGUUGCAGAUUCUCUCCCUUUUGACAAGAAGACGACCAAGUCNAUUUUCAGUUUCAGUAACAUAAUAUCAGAUAUGAAAGUUGCCAGAUCUGCAGCUAGAGUUAGUGCAAGACCAAUGCAUCAGUUUCAGUUUGACGAAGGAUUUGACAAUUCUUUUGACCAGGAGGAGACUGCCAAUCUUAGAAAAAGUCUUAGGAAAAAUAUUUUCAAGGGGAAGAGACUUAAUAUUUUUGACAUUAAGGCAGUUACUGAAGAAGUACCUGAAACAGAGACAUCACCUUCACUUUGGGAUGUGGAAUUUGCUAAGCAGUUAGCCACAGUAAGUGAACAGCCCUUUCAGAAUGGGUUUGAAGAGAUGAUCCAGUGGACAAAAGAGGGGAAACUGUGGGAGUUCCCAAUUAACAACGAAGCAG